CGGUACUCAGUACCCACUCACGGCCAAGCGAUGAGGCUGCGUUUCGCCGGAGCCAUCCUGCUGGCGGUGGCUGCCUACUACGUGUACCUGCCGCUGCCCGGCGGAGUGAGCGAGCCCUGGAAGCUGAUGCUGCUGGACGCCCUCAUCCGGGGCUUCAUGCGCGCGGGCGACGUCGCCCAGGCGCUGGGCCUGUGCCACCAGGUGCACCUGCUCAACCGGGUGGUGUCGUGGGUCGAGUUGAUCGAGGCUCGCUCCAGCGCCGGCGUGCUUGUCAGCGAUGGUGUGCUGGGGGGCGUGCCCUCUCGCAUCUUUCAGGCUACGGGGGGACGGUGGCCCAAAAGAGGGGUCCUCUACUUCCACGGAGGAGGGUGGGCGCUGGGCACUGCACGGAUGCGAUCAUACGACUUCUUGUGCCGGAAGAUGGCGGAAGAGUUGGAUGCUGUCGUCAUUUCUGUCGACUACCGUCUGGCUCCGGAGGCGAUGUUCCCGGACCAGUACCACGAUGCCCUGACAGCAUCGCGGGCCUUCUUGUCCAAAGAGGUUGCCAAGCGUUACAGCCUGGACCGCAAGCGACUAUGCGUGUCGGGAGACAGCUCGGGAGGCAACCUGGCCGCAGCCGUCGCUCAAGAGCUGGGCUCCGACGUGACCCUCACAGCUCACUUCAAGGUCCAGGCACUGAUUUAUCCGGUCCUGCAGGCGCUCGACUUCCACACGCCGUCCUAUCAGCAGAACAAGGCAGUUCCCAUCCUCUACCGGCCCGUCAUGGCUCGCUACUGGCUGCUCUACCUCGGCGCCGACCCGUCCCUGCAGUUGGCGCUGCUUGCCAACAACCACAGCGCCCUGGACCAGCCCGCCAUCAGCCCGGCUGCACGCUCACACCUGGACUGGACCGUCCUGCUGCCGGCGGAGCGUAAGAAGGAAUUCCGGCCGCUGGUGGUGGAAACGGGCACGCCGGGGCUGCUGGGCCAGGUGCCGGCCCUGUUGGAUGCGAGGGCGGUGCCACUGUUGGCCAAGCGAGACGUUCUAGCUAAGACGCCCGACGCUUACGUCCUGACGUGCGAGUUUGACGUGCUGCGGGACGACGGGCUGAUGUACGCUGAAAGGCUGCGGCGAGCCGGCGUGCGCGUCACCAGCGACCACUACGAGGACGGCUUCCACGGGUGCAUAUCGUUUGCGCAUCUGCCCGUCAUGUCCGCCGUGGGCCGCCGCGCCGUUGACAACUACAUUCGAUGGCUGGACCACAACCUCUGAGGAAAGGACUGGACGCUUUUGCCAUAGACUGCUGAUGUUCUUCUUCCAGGCUGGUGCAAGUGUGGUCAACCUGUCUUGGAACAGAAGGCAGCGAUUAAGCAUUU